UCCGGUGCACCCUACGCAAUAGCGCUAACAAACCGAACUGUAUGGAUGUAAAUAAACUAUAAACAUUUAUUUUCACUACAUUAAAAAAAGCUGCGUUCUGUUUAACAUGGACGACCAGGAAAUGCAGUUGAAAGUAAAGCGAGUGACGGAUAAGUUCACGGAGAGUAUGUACGUGUUGGCUAAUGAACCAUCUAUAGCACUGUAUCGCCUACAGGAGCACGUGAGGAGGUCACUGCCUGAACUGGUACAACAUAAGACAGACAUGCAGAGCUGGGAAGAACAGAGCCAAGGUGCAAUUUAUACUGUAGAGUAUGCCUGCAGUGCUGUGAAAAGCAUGGCAAGCAGCAGCCUCUGUUUUAAAAAUAUUGAUGGACUGCUGAAGCAAGCUAUUGCAACGAAGGAACACAUCAGCGGCACACAAGGACGCAGUUGUGUGAAAUCUGUACCUAAUCACAGUGACCCUCCACCACACGACCCUUCCUCAUCAUCAUGACGUAUGGAAAACCAUAAGCAAGGAGAAGAACUGUGGAUCCUGGUGUAAUGAGAGAAAUUUGUGAAAAGCAGAAUUCUGGGAUAUGAAUUAUAGUUCUGAGUCUCCUGAAUGGAUUCCAUUCCAGAGGUGACCCUCGCUCAGUCUGAGUGUGACGGCCUCUUGAAUUGUGACUUUGGCAACUCGACAGAGCCUUGAGAGGAGUGAAUGCAAUUGCUCUGCCAGUUUCUCCAUUACAGUGCUUUAUCAAGUGUGUGAAAGAAAGGAUUAUUCUCAGUCAUAUGUAAAUAUAUUCAAGUAGCUUUAAACUCUACUGUGCUCUUGUAUUACAAUGAGCUACUUUUUUUUAAUGAAUUUUAAUGGAUUUCUUUUUUUUAAUGGAUUUCUUUGAAGACAUUACAUGUAAAUGUAGUAUUAAAAUCUGAUCAAAUCAUUGCUUUCAA